AUGUCACCUGUCGAUUUGAUGCCUAGCGGGAUCGAACAUGAAAAUGGUAUCGUCGUGGCUAUUACAACAAUAUUCACCUUCCUCGCAAUAGUUGCGGUCAUAUUGCGAUUUAUUUCUCGAAAGAUAUCCAUGUCAGUGAAAUGGGAUGAUUGGUUCAGUCUGAUCGCCCUCAUAUUCGCACUUGGAUGUUUUAUAGUCACACUCCUUGACGCUACUAUUGCCCAUGGCGGCUAUGAUAUCGAAUAUUACAGUGCAGCAACACUGGAAAGAUACCUCAAACUAACACUAGCCGAAAACGUAUUGUACGCCGCGAGUAUCUCCUUCGCAAAAGCAGCAGUCCUUCUCCUCUACCAUCGCAUCUUCAAAAUUCAAAAGUCUUUCCGUGUUGCAUCGUGGACUGUUGGCUUCCUGAUCGGCGGGUACUUUAUCGCCAGCGAAUGCUUGUUAAUCUUUGCAUACAACCCGAUUGAAGCGCAAUGGAAACCAUGGUUGCCAAACUCUGCCAAUUUUAAUAUAAUCGCAAGCUGGACAGUCAUGAGCAGCAUCAACAUGGUGGUGGACUUCCUUAUUCUCUGUCUCCCGCAGCCGGUUGUGUGGAGGCUUAUGAUGAGUCGCAAAAAGAAGGUGCUUGUGUCUGGACUCUUUUGCUUUGGUAUACUGUGA